GGUCUAAGAAAUACUUUUCAUCUGUGAACACACAACAGAUGAAGGUAAUAAAUGAAGACUCUCAUCCCAGUUUAUAUUGUUUUCUCUAUUUCCACCCUUUGUGCUAAGUCAAAUUAUUUUUAAAAGCCACCGCUAAUAAGACAAGCGUGAGCUCCUUUAAGACAGCUAGCUGGCACUGUCUUCAGCCUGCCUCUCUGGGGAGCACUAUUUCGAUGAUUUGUCUUCUGUUUCAGUCACUCUGGGGCUGACGUCAUACUCUCACUAUCAGAGGAAUUGUGCAGCAGUAAGUCUAGAGUAAUCAGUCUUUGCUGUGCCAGCCCGUUUCUUUGGUAAGUACAAUUUAAAAUUCUGGGGAACCUUCCUUCUCUUUUAUAGUGUGAUCUGAACUGAACAUAUCCCCUGCAGAACUGCGGUUUUUCAGAAGGUGGAUCUGGCAGACCUCUUCUACCUGUUGCACAAUAGACACCCCGGAUUUUAUAAUUGUCUUUCAGAAUUCAGCUAAAGGAUCCCUCACUUCCACACGUGGUAGAAGCCCACUUGGCUUGGGGAGGAAAAACUCUUUUGCAGGAUCUCCAGGAAACUGGCUGAGUUGCAAGACACAAGACCUAUUUUUUGAUCUGUUUGGUGUUUCCCUGCUGUCCCCAAGGCCAUCUUUUGGACACACAUCUACGUUUGGGACCACGAGAGAAGGCAUAUGCUAGUUGAGUGUUGAAAUGAGCGAUCAUUUGGAAGAAAACUGGAAGAAAAACAAUUCUGCCCAGGAAUCAUCUGCAGAAAGUAAUGCCUCUCCUCCUAAGGACUGCUCAAUAACACAAAAACAAUUGCAACAAAUAGAGAAACAACUAAAAUGCUUAGCCUUUCAAAAUCCAGGACCUCAGGUAGCUGACUUCAAUCCUGAAACUAGAGAGCAGAAAAAGAAAGCACGCAUGUCACAGAUGAACCAAGAUUUUUUUUAUAAGCCCAAAAUCACAAAGAAGUAUGACAAACAUGGCAGGCUGCUUUGUAAUAAUGUCGAUUUGUGUGACUGCCUGGAAAAGAACUGCCUGGGUUGCUUCUAUCCUUGCCCCAAAUGCAAUUCGAACAAAUGUGGACCAGAAUGUCGCUGCAAUAGGAAAUGGGCUUACGAUACCAUUGAGACUGAGGCUGGGGAUGUGAUCAGCAUGUUGCCAUUUAUUGUCCCUGACUGAUGUUGUUCUGACGGCUUUUGCAUCAGAGCAAAGUUCUUUCUUCACAUUUUAAUAA